UCUCCGUCCUGUUCUCGGAGAAGGCUCGAGAUCUCGCGUUGUUUCCUUGAAGCGGCUGGCGGGAUCUCCCCGGGGGAGUGCGGAAUGCCACUGGCGGAAAGCAUGCAGGAGAUGGAGGAAUGGAGCCCGGAGCAAUGCCGGAGAAACGUGUCCGGAGCCCUGCCCCAGCUCAUCUCGCAAUAUCAGCUUUCAAAGGACUGGACUGAGGACAUCCGAAUGUUUAACUUUGUAACUGAAAUGUUUCUGCCACACGUGAGCUUGGAUGAGAUGGAAGAGAGUAUUUUUUCUCAAAUUCUGCCAAAGGCAGAUAAACUGUUUGACGAUUUAAUAUGUGAAAUUUCAAGUCAGGCCUCUUCCUUGUCAAGUCAGAAUGUGGAGCUCAAGACUUCGCUGCGGAGUAUUUUACAGACGAUGGUUCAGUGGCUGAAGGCGUUUACAGCGUGUGUACAUCAUGUCUGUUCACUAAGCCAGCCGAUAACCUUAGAAAGUAUCCGUUCACUCCCUGCAUCCGUCCUACGUGUCCUUCACGCAGCGUUUUCUCACUGUAAGGACAGUGAUACUGUAUACAGUGGCCGUCUCCAUCUCGUAUCUGAUCUCCUGCAAGCCGUCUUUAAAGAAGCAGUCUCCCUUCAAAAGCAGUUGGUGGAGCUUCUGGAUAAAACAACUGUAACCACAGGAAUUUCCGACAAUGAGACAUCAGACAUGGCAUCCGUGCUGCAUUCAGUCUUGGAUAUAUGCGCAGUGGUGUCAAAUAUGGAUCAUGCCCUCCACGCCAACACAUGGAAAUUUAUUAUCAAACAGAGUCUCAAGCAUCAGACUGCAAUAAAGGGUCACCUGCGCCAUAAUGACGUUAUAAAUGGCUUGUGCGAUGAUAUUCUGCUGUCCUUCUACUCCUGCGUGCAGCUGGCAGAACACAUGACAUUAUCAGUAACACCGGAAAUGACAGACCAGAAACUUUUCCAGAAAACUGUAAAGUUGUGUCGUUUCUUUGCCAAUUCUCUUGUGCACUACUCUAAGGAAUUCAUGCCUUUUUUAUCUCAGUCCUGUAACCGCCUGCACAAGCUAUAUCUACAGAUACACAGUCAGUUUCCACCGAGUUUGUCUGCAGUUUCUAUCUCGGAAAUCCAUAAGAAUGAAAUAUCCAACGUGUUCCUAGUGGUUCUUGAUCAGCUCUUCCUCCAGUUUCUGCCUUUCCGUGCAUUUGUGGAUGUUGUCCUGCAUGACAAAUUAGAUCUUCCGCCUGAACACUCGUUUCCUCAUUGUCUGCUGCUAAUCAACCUUAUGGACAAACUUCCUUCUCUGCCUGAAGAUGUUAUCCUCGUGUGGUGCUCAGGGAGCAGGUCUGUGGAGGAAUCCAGCAGGAUGUCUGUAUUUCGAGCUCUAUUCAAGAGCUUCACAUUAUGCUCUCCAGAAGUUGCCAUGCCUCUUGUUAUGCAGGAUGUUGUAUUAAAGGGCCAGCAGCCGUCGAACAUCACCUUCUAUCAGUAUGUGUGUGUUCAUCUGUGUGCAUUCAUCAUAUCGUUACCCCCUACGUGUUUCUCUGAACUGGAAGUCGCUCUGUUGGAUGCUGUCCUUAGUCCCAGUAUGAUGUCAUCACUGCUUGCAAUGGAUUCUUGGUGUUUCCUGGCCAGAUAUGAAACUGCAGAGCUGUGUGCCCAUCACAUUUGUGUUUUAGCUCAUGUGGUGAAAUCCCUUCCUGGUGAAUGUUACAUGUCGACUCCUAUAACUGUGCUACUCAGACGCUUACUCUUUCUAAUGUCUGCUGAACAUCAGUUAGAAUUUAUCAAAAUGUUUCCUCCGGAGGAAGUGGAAAAUUUCACAAUUUGGCAGCAUCUAUCUCUUAGCGCCCUGCCUGCUCCCCUCAGGGUGCAGGUAAAUGCUGAUCUGCUCACUGCGGGUAUCGCUCAGAGCUCUAGCUGGCUGGACGGAGAGCGUACAUUAAAGGACCUGCUUCAACUGAAUUCCUCGCUCUCGGCCAUAUUAACUGCCUGCAGUUCCUCUGGGGAGCCACUGGACGCUGAACACCAAUCUGCAGUGAAAGGAAUCGUUGGGCGGCUAUGGCCUCUCCUUAAUGUGAAUCAGAUCAUAAGUGAGCCCAUCUUACAACAGACACUUUGUGUAAUAUUACCAAUUUCAACAUUCAUUGCAGAAACAAUGGAGUCUCCCUUGCUAACACAGAUAAUUUCUCUGCUCUCGUGCCUUUCGAAGGAGAAACCACAAGCACAUGUGCAAUUAGCCAUGCUAGAAUUCUUGUCUGGUUUAGGAAAAGUUUUCAUCCCACAUGAAGCCCAGACUGCAGUUCUUCCAAAGAUAUCUGGCAUCUUCUCUGUCCUUCUUGCAGACAAGUCGUGGUUAAUCCAGCAGCAUGCGCUGGAAGCAUUUACUCGUUUCGCUGAGGAAACCAGUCAUGAAGAUGUUGUACCUCAAAGUCUUCAUGCCGAAGAGACGAAAAAUAAAGUAAUCGCCUUUCUAAACAAGUCCCUCCCUACAGCAGAGCCAGAGAGCACCAAGUUAGAACGUGUUAAAGAGGAGAAGAAAAUUCUAGAUGCUUGGUUUGCCAGAACUACGACAAGACGAGUGGAAGAGUCUGGAGAGACAUCAGCAAAAAGAUUUCGACAUUCAGAUACCAUUGUGCAGCAGUUUGAUGUGCAUAUCCAGUCUGCAGAGAAUGCAUUAACAAACAUGCAGUCGCUGUUGCAACAUGUUCCUGCACCAGACUGGCUCUCGGAAAGACUCUACAACAUGCAAGCGCUUCUGACAACGUUACAGAAAAGCUGUCUGCCAAAUAACACAUAGACUCUGCUGGAAAGGCAAAGAUUUCAUGCCGAAUCUUGCUGAAUGUUACUAUAACUUUCCUAGAGCUGUUCUUGUGCAGACGUUUACUCUUAACCCUACUCCAUUAGGGUAUACCACUCGCCAUGUAUGAUCCAGUAUAACUGGCACUCAACUACAUAGAACGUAACACACAGAACCAGUAGGUUAUCUAAUAUAUUGAAGGACAGCUUAAGGUUAUGAAAUUAAUGUUCGUUGAGAAAUAUUGAGCACCUUGUUGCCUGCAAGGCUGGUACCUAUCCCAAUUUACCCUCUAAAAAGCUAUUUAUUUAGAUAUUCCCAAAAAUAU